UUUAUUUAUACACCACAUCAUAAAUAAUCUAUCUUUUUUAUAAUUUUAAUUCAUACUUGGUCUAAUUAUGGCUAAUACAAACCACACACAAAAUCAACAACAACUAGACCAAUGUGGCUUAAUUCAUGAACGUCGAAGUGCUCACUAUAAGCCCAACAUUUGGAGCUAUGAUUUUGUUCAAUCCCUUACCACUAAAUUUAGCGGUAAAACUUAUGAAGACCAAGUUGAGAAGCUGAAAAGUAGGUUUAUGCAAUAUUUAAGUUGCGUACCUGAGUCAUCAAAGCCAUAUAUUGUUGAAAACAUAAGGAAACUUGGUUUAGCAAAUAUGUUCCAUAUGGAAAUCAAGCUUGUUCUUGAUUCCAUUUUUUUCAAUUUGAACAACAAUAAUAAUGCUGGUCGUUUUGAAGAGGAUGAUGAUGAUAUGCUAGCUACUAUUGCUCUACAAUUUAGGCUUCUUCGACACUAUGGAUAUAGUGUUUCAUAUGAUGUGUUUGUUGAUUACAUUGACAAAGUCAAUCUUCUUCUCAAACAAACACCAUAUUCAAAACGCAACUCUAGAGGAAUACUGGAGCUGUUUGAAGCUUCUCAUCUAGCUGUAGAAGAAGAUGAAGAGCUUAUGAUGAUAAAAGCCAAGGCUUUUUCCUACCAUGCUUCGCAUGAUCAGCUUCCAUGCCAUUGGAAAACAAUGUGGUUUGAUGUGAGGCAACAAAUUCAUGCUUAUGAAGUGGACGAUAAUCACAAUAACAUUUUGCUUGAAUUAGCUAGGCUCAAUUUUAACAUUGUUCAAGCCAUUCACCUACAAGAUCUUAAAGAAAUGUCCAGGUGGUGGAAAAGUCUUGGACUGAUAGAAAACAUAAGUUUCACGAGAGACAGAUUAGUAGAAAGUUUCCUGUGGACGGUUGGAGUUGCGUGUGAAUCACAACAUUCGCUUCUAAGGAAAUGCCUUACAAAAGUUGUACUGUUUGUUCUUGUUCUUGACGAUGCUUACGAUAUAUAUGGUUCAUUUGAAGAACUUGAGUAUUUCACCAAGAUUGUGGAGAGAUGGAAUUAUGGUGAUCAAGACGGUGAACAACUUCCAGAUUGCUUGAAGUUAUGCUUUGAAGCACUAGCAACAACUUGUCAUCAAAUUGCUUUUGAUAUUCUCAAUGAAAAAGGCUGGAAUUAUGACAUUGUUAUAGAUUUCUUGAAAAUGGCAUGGGCUGAUUUUUGCAAAGCAUUGUUACAAGAAGCUUGGUGGUAUAAGAAACGGCAUAUACCAUCACUAGAAGAUUAUCUGAAAUGUGCAUGGAUUACAUCUUCUGGUUCUUUGCUUUCCCUUAUUGCUUUUCUGUGUACAGCUGAUGGGAAAUCAGAAGAUCUUAAGAAUAAGUGGGAAGAUAGUCAACACCUCAUUUACUACACUUCACUUGUUAUUCGACUCUUGAAUGAUCAAGGAACUUCGGAUGCGGAGUUUGAGAGGGGAGAUGCAUAUUCAUCCAUCUUGUGUUACAUGGAAGAAGAAAAUGUAGCGGAAGCAAUAGCGAGGAAACACAUAAAAGAAAUGAUAGUAAGUGCUUGGAGUAAGAUUAACAUGGAGUUAUUAAGAGCAUCUUCGGAGCAACAAGCAUUUGUGAAUCUUGUUAUAAACACUGCACGAGUUUGCCAUUUCAUAUACCAAAAAGGAGAUGGUUUUAGUGUCCAAGAUGGUCAUACUAAGAACAAGAUCAAGCUUUUACUUAUUCAACCUAUUCAACUUUGAAAACAUGCACUAUUCACGCUGUUAGAUUGUGUAUUAACAGUUAUUGUAUUAUAGUUAUUCAUAUAGGUCAGUUAUUGUAUUAGUGGAGAUUAGUGGAGCAGUUACCUUAAGCUUUUCUGUAUAUAUUAUCAUCAUCAUCAUUGAAUAAUAGAUAUAGAACAAUAAUCAGAAAAACAC